UGUUGCAGACCUUGUCAUGGUGAUGAGCUAAGCAGUAAUAGGAAUUCCAAAACUCAGAGCAAAGGCCUGGACUGGGAGCCCAGUACCUGCACCCUUAGCAGUUCGGAGCUGGCUUCUGUUUUCCGUUAGCGCUUCGCCGUACGGACAAAUGCAUACAAAUGCAUUUAGGAGCCCGCAGGACAAGGCGUGGACAGGUCUCCCACACAGCAAAAACGAAACUGCUUCUUCAUUUUAUUGUACUAUGUGUGUCAGGGGGUGCUGUUCAUGCACAAGAUCAAGGCAUAGAUAUGCUUCAUCAACUAGGCCUUGGAGGCAAAGAUGUAAGACAUGCAUCAUCAGUGACUGCUGUACCAUCAUCAUCUACACCAUUACCUCAGGGGGUCCUUUUAACGGAAUCGGGUGUCCUUUUAACAAAUGAUUCUUAUAUUGAGUCACCUCUCGUGAAAAUUUUACCAGUCAACUUAGAAGAGCCAUUUACAAUAUUAAUUGGUUUACAGUCACAUAGAGUAAGCAAUGCAUUUCUCUUCAGCAUUAGAAGUAAAAAUAGACUGCACUUAGGAGUACAGUUAUUACCUAAAAAAUUAGUGGUAUACCUUGGAGGAAAGCAGUCUGCAUUUUUCAACUACAGUGUUCACGAUGAGCAAUGGCACACAUUUGCCAUUGCUGUUAGCUAUCAAGUUGUCUUAAUGUUUGCUGAAUGUGGAAAGAAAUAUUUUAGCAGAGAGACUCUUUCGAAAGUUCAGACCUUUGAUUCUAACAGUGUAUUUACCUUGGGAAGUAUAAAUAAUAAUUCUGUCCAUUUUGAAGGAAUAGUAUGUCAGUUGGAUAUUAUUCCUUCUGCAGAAGCAUCUGCAAACUAUUGCAGAUAUGUGAAACCGCAGUGUCUCCCCGAGACAAGCCUUCUUCAUACAACUAUUGUACCAGCUAAGAUACCAGAAAACUCUCUCUUGCCCAAAAGAUUUGGUGAAAAAGUACUGUCGGAGGACACACUUACCAAAGGCAGAAGCAUUCUAGAUUCCAGAAAUGAUUCUACGGCAGUGCAUAAAGAACUAGAACACCAGAUAUCAAGAUCUCAGUUAACUUCUCUUCGUUCAGAGAAUGUCUCUGCUGUGGAUCUUGUGAACCAUGUGAUUCAGGCCAAAGAAAUGAUCACUGAGCAACUUACUCAGGCAAAUCUAAGCCUGCCAAUGACACAUCAUAGCCUCAAUGAGCCAAGGAAAAAUAGCAAGGAGAAAUUUAGUUCUCUUCUAAACGUGUUGGACAAUAUCACACAACAUAAUGAUAAAGAAACUGGUCUGUCACCAUUUAAGAAGAUAUCAUCUAUUCUUCCACAUAUAAAACAAGAUACAAUUGAGAAUGUCAAGAAAGCUAUCACAGCAAAUCUACACACUAAUGAACUUAUGGAACUGCAGCAGACUUUGAACACAACUUUAUACAGAGUGACAGAUGAGCCAUCUGUGGAUAAUCACCUUGAUCUAAGGAAGGAAGGUGAAUUUGAUCCUGAUGCUACUUAUCCCUUCGAAAAUAGCUAUGAAACUGAGCUUUAUGAUUAUUAUUAUUAUGAGGAUCUUAAUACAAUGCUCGAAAUGGAGAAUCUAAGAGGGCCAAAAGGGGACACUGGACCUCCCGGUCCUUCUGGCCCAGCAGGUAUCCCAGGUCCAUCAGGAAAGAGAGGUCCACGGGGCAUACCAGGGCCACAUGGAAAUCCUGGGUUACCUGGAUUACCAGGUCCAAAGGGCCCCAAAGGAGAUCCAGGUUUUUCCCCAGGUCAUGCUGUUUCUGGAGAAAAGGGUGAUCAAGGUCUUUCUGGAUUCAUGGGGCCCCCUGGUAUGCAAGGUGUUAAGGGUCUCAAAGGACAUCCAGGGCUCCCAGGACUCCGAGGUGAACAAGGGAUUCCAGGAUUCACUGGUAAUAUUGGUUCACGUGGUUACCCUGGCAGGCAGGGUUUAGCUGGACCAGAAGGUAAUCCAGGACCUGAAGGUGGACGAGGUUUCAUUGGCUUUCCUGGAGAAGUAGGACAACUGGGACCUGAAGGAGAAAGAGGUGCUCCUGGGAUCCGUGGAAAGAAGGGUCUUAAGGGAAGACAGGGUUUUCCAGGUGGCUUUGGAGACAGAGGCCCUGCAGGUCCUGAUGGCAGUCCUGGACUUGUAGGUAGCACUGGUCCUCCGGGAUUUCCUGGGCUUAGAGGCAGUGUUGGCCCUAUGGGACCAGUUGGACUUUCUGGAAUCCCUGGCCCAAUGGGUCUUUCGGGGAAUAAGGGCCUACCUGGAAUCAAAGGUGAUAAGGGUGAACAAGGCAUUGUGGGAGAGCCAGGAGAACCAGGGUAUCCUGGAGACAAGGGCGCUAGGGGUUUUCCUGGACCACCAGGGAUGAGAGGAAAGCCAGGACCUUCAGGCCAAACAGGUAACCCAGGACCCCAAGGACCAUCUGGCUCUCGAGGACCAGAGGGUUUUCCUGGAGAUAUUGGGAUUCCUGGACAAAAUGGCCCUGAAGGAUCAAAGGGACUCAUUGGAAAUAGAGGGCCUCCUGGACCUCCUGGUCUCAAAGGAACUCAGGGAGAAGAAGGACUAAUUGGAUCCUUUGGAGAACUGGGGCCAAGAGGAAAACCAGGUCCAAAGGGGUAUGCAGGUGAAUCAGGACCAGAAGGCCUGAAGGGAGAAGUAGGAGACCAAGGAAACAUUGGGAAGAUUGGUGAAACAGGACCUGUCGGUUCACCUGGAGAAGUUGGAAUGACUGGAAGCACUGGUGAAAAGGGAGAACGUGGAAAUCCAGGGCCACUAGGUCCCCAGGGGGAAAAGGGUGUUAUGGGAUAUCCAGGUCCUCCUGGGGCUCCAGGAGCCAUGGGUCCACUGGGAUUACCUGGUCCUGUGGGGGCAAGAGGACCACCUGGGAGUCCGGGUCCUAAAGGACGAAGAGGACCAAGAGGACCAGAUGGUCUCUUAGGAGAACAAGGUAUACAAGGUGCCAAGGGUGAAAAAGGAGAUCAAGGAAAAAGAGGGCCUUAUGGUCUUAUUGGUAAGACUGGAAACCCUGGAGAGAGAGGAGUUCAAGGGAAACAAGGUUUACAAGGACCCCCUGGGAGCACAGGAGACAGGGGAUUUGCAGGAGAACCAGGACCACGAGGACUGCAAGGUGAUGCUGGACCUCCUGGAGAAAUGGGUGCUGAGGGAACUUCAGGUAUUGAGGGAGAAUCUGGUCUGCAAGGAGAGCCAGGUGCAAAGGGAGAUGUUGGACCUGCAGGCAGUGUUGGAGUGACUGGGGAGCCAGGGUUACGGGGUGAACCAGGAGCUGCUGGAGAAGAAGGUCUCCAGGGUAAAGAUGGAAUAAAGGGGAACCCAGGAAGAAGGGGACUUCCUGGAGAGGAUGGAGAAAAAGGAGAGACAGGCUUACCAGGGACCACAGGGCCCCUGGGUGGACCAGGUGUAAUGGGUCCUCCGGGACCUGAAGGAACAGUGGGACUGCCAGGACAAAGAGGUCGUCCAGGGAAGAAGGGCGAUAAAGGACAAAUGGGGCCCACAGGAGAAAUUGGAAGCAGAGGUGCUCCUGGACAAAUUGGGGAAAGUGGUCCUAAAGGUGCCAGAGGAACUAGAGGUGCUGUGGGACAGUUAGGAUUGAUGGGACCUUCUGGAGAACCAGGAAUUCCAGGAUAUAGGGGCCAUGAAGGUCAACCAGGACUUUCUGGGUUGCCAGGACCUAAAGGAGAAAAGGGUUAUCCAGGAGAAGAUAACACAGUCCUAGGACCACCUGGGCCUCGAGGUGAACCAGGCCCAAUGGGGGAACAAGGAGAGAGAGGAGAGCCUGGAGCAGAGGGAUAUAAGGGUCACAUGGGUAUACCAGGACCAAGAGGUGCCACUGGACAACAAGGGCCCCCAGGUGAGCCAGGUGACCGGGGUGAACAAGGACUAAAAGGAGAGAGAGGAUCUGAAGGUCCUAAGGGGAAAAAAAGAGCUCCUGGCCCUUCUGGGAAACCUGGGAUUCCUGGACUUCCAGGCCUACCUGGGCCAAAAGGCAUGCAAGGAUACCCUGGAGCAGAAGGCAUUUCAGGAAACCCUGGUAAAGUUGGGCUACCAGGAAAACAGGGACUUCCUGGUGUCAGAGGCAGCCCAGGAAGAAUGGGACUGGCUGGGUCUCCAGGUCCUCAAGGAGCAAGGGGUUCAUCGGGUCUUCCAGGAAGCCCAGGAGUUCUAGGCCCGAAGGGUGAACAAGGGCUACCUGGUCAACCUGGAAUUCCAGGUAAAAGAGGUCACCGAGGAGCACAAGGUGAUCAAGGACCAUGUGGAGAGCCCGGCAUGAAAGGGCAGUCUGGAGAACAUGGUAUUCAAGGUUUGACAGGUUUCCAAGGAUUCCCAGGCCCCAAAGGUCCUGAGGGAGAUGCUGGCAUUGUUGGAAUAUCAGGUCCUAAAGGUCCUAUUGGACAGAGGGGAAACACUGGCCCCCUUGGCAGAGAAGGUAUAAUAGGCCCAACAGGUAGAACUGGACCCAGAGGUGAAAAAGGCUUUAGAGGUGAAACUGGUCCCCAAGGACCGAGAGGUCAACCAGGGCCUCCAGGUCCACCUGGAGCAUCAGGCCCAAGAAAACAAAUGGAUAUCAAUGCUGCUAUUCAAGCCCUGAUUGAAUCACAUACUGCCCUACAGAUGGAGAGCUACCAGAAUACUGAAGUGACCUUAAUUGACCACAGUGCAGAGAUAUUCGAAACCUUGAACUACCUUAGCAAUUUACUGCACAGCAUCAAGAAUCCUCUUGGCACACGAGAUAACCCAGCACGAAUCUGCAAAGAUUUGCUUAACUGUGAACACAAAGUAUCAGAUGGAAAAUACUGGAUUGAUCCAAAUCUUGGAUGCCCUUCAGAUGCCAUUGAGGUUUUCUGCAAUUUCAGUGCUGGUGGUCAGACAUGUUUAUCUCCUGUCUCUGUGACAAAGUUGGAGUUUGGAGUUGGAAAAGUCCAGAUGAACUUCCUUCAUUUACUGAGCUCAGAAGCCACCCAUAUCAUCACCAUUCAUUGUCUAAACACUCCAGUGUGGACAAGUGCUCAGACAAGUGGCUCAGGAUUGACUAUUGGUUUCAAGGGAUGGAACAGCCAGAUUUUCGAAGAAAACACUCUUCUUGAACCUAAAGUGCUCUCAGAUGACUGCAAGAUUCAAGAUGGCAGCUGGCAUAAAGCAAAAUUCCUUUUUCACACCCAGGACCCUAAUCAACUUCCAGUAAUUGAAGUACAAAAACUUCCUCAUCUCAAAACUGAACGGAAGUACUACAUUGAAAGCAGUUCUGUAUGCUUUCUCUAAAGUCUCUGAAUUAGUUCAGAAUUCAUGCUGUUGGCCAGGUAAUUGCUGCAGAGGGAAAAAUAUAGACAGAAAGGUACUAUUGGAUAUUAUGAAAUGCAUGGAAUAAAGCAUUGGCUAAAUCUUAAAGAAUCUCAGGAAGAAAAGACUUCCUCCUAAGAAGGAGACGAGGCAUUUUUUAAAGGACUAUAAGUAUUUAAUUCUUUUAAAAAUUAUAUUGAUCUGAGCUUUCUUAGAGAAUUCCCUAGAACUGAACAUUUAUAAACAUGGAAUUCUUCAGGAUA